CGCUAUGAUUUACGGGACUCAAGUGGCAGUUCUAACUAAAUAUAGUCGUCGUUCGAUUCGGGAGUAUGAGAAGCAGAUCGUCCAUGGAAUGGCUAGCUUAUGCCGUGCUUCAGAUUCUGGACAGACGGCAAAGUCUGUAAACACCCUACUUCAAAAGAGACGAAUCACCAAAAAAAUACGGAUUUACCAAAUGCGAUGGUGGGGUCACGUGCGAAGACGAGAGAGAUCACACCCGCUUAGGGUAGCCGCUCGUCUACAAGCUAGACAUUUACGGCGGUGCAGACCGUCCUUCACUUGGUGGGACAGUAUCAAACAUAACAUGGGACUAUACGAGAAUAUGACGUACCAGGAUUGGUUACAAUUGGCUAAGGAAAAAGGACCUUAUCAUCUAAAACUACAGGAGCUCUAUGAAAAACAAGAAUCGGAUGAUAGUGAAUGGGAGACUGACCUAGACUCCUGAUGCUUGAGACCAAUCACUGCACUGCACAGUUGGGCCAGACUGUUGACAAACAUCGGUCACUGUAGCACAUCAUCGACCACUAAUCGCAGGGUUCCUCUCACCAACAAUAAAUAUUAUUUCACCACGAAACAGCGUCGAAUCUUUAAACCGAAAAUUCAUCUACUCCUAUUAUGCUGCAGGUGAAAACACAUAUUGACCCAGUAAUAGCAGAGUAGAGUUGGACUUCGUGCUUAAUAGGUAGGAUCGCAAACGGCAAAUAAAAGCCAUCCGUGGUCUGUAUAUGACCUAUAUAGGCACACAACAGGUAAAAGAAAUUAUUUGCAAUAUUGUUUUUAUUUGGUUCUACGUUGAAACUAGCCGAAUCAAGAAUCCACGGUUCGCUCUUGGAAAAAAAAAGUUUCCAGUUGCUGUAUCUAACUAGUUAACUUGGAGCCGUCUACACCGGUGGCUUACUCGUUCGGUAAGCGGGUGAAUGCAUGGCUGAAAUGCUUCCUCGAGCUCGCCUAUACUUUCUGCUUGCAUGUAAAGGUAACACCAUUCCGAAUGAUAUUGGAAAAUCGGAAUAUCAACAAAAAUAUCACUUGCAAAUAUUUGAAACACUGUGUAAAUAAAGCAAAAGCCGUCACUUAGAUGCGGAAGCAAGUAUAAAUCGAUAUCAUAGAUCGGCCCCAUUAAUCGAAAGGAGACGAUAUAUCGAUCUGAUACCGAUGCUGCUUCACGAAAGCCCUUCAGCAAUUCUUCACAAUACCAUUAUCGCUCCGCGUGCGUUAUUUACGUAAUCUGCAACCAACCACAAU